AUGGAGUCAAGAGAACUGCUGGCUAAUAAGGAGUCUUUGGCCUCUUGUGACAUUGCCAUUUUUGUUCAUGACAAGUCUAAUGAGUCCUCAUGGAAGGCAUCGUCUAAACUCCUUGUAGAAAUUGCUCGUCAUGGAGAACAUACUGGCUUUAAGGUGCCCUGCCUUAUAGUUGCAGCUAAAGAUGACCAGUAUUCAUUUCCAAUGGCUGUACAAGAGUCAACUAGGGAUUCAAAAGAUGAGACUAAUGUUAAAGAUGUUGAGUACCAAGCAGUAAGUAAACCGAAACAAGGAGGAUAUAGAGCUACUCAUUUCAUCUUUGCAAUGAUGUUGCUUGAUAACAUAGGAUUUGUGGCAAACAUGGCAAGCUUGGUGUUAUAUUUCUUGUUUGUGAUGCAUUUUGAUUCCCCUGGUGCUUCAACCACUACCACAAACUUCAUGGGAACUACUUUCUUGUUGACUGUCGUUGGAGGGUUCAUCUCCGAUACAUAUAUGAAUCGUCUCAACACAUGCAUCCUCUUUGGCAUAAUUCAGUUGUUGGGAUACGCCUUACUUGUGAUUCAAUCCCAUGAUGAGAAACUUCAGCCAGAACUAUGUGGAAAAAAGAGUUGUUUACAUGGCACAAAAGCUUUACUCUUCUACGCUUCAAUAUACUUGCUUGCACUUGGUGGUGGUGGAAUCAGAGGUUGUGUUCCUGCUCUAGGAGCAGAUCAAUUUGAUGAUAUGAAUCCAAAAGAAUAUCUCCAACUAGCAAGCUUCUUCAAUUGGUUUUUGUUUAGUAUUACAAUUGGUGCUAGCUUAGGUGUCACUUUUGUAGUUUAUGUUAGCACAAUCUUCGAUUGGUACAAAGGUUUUCUUAUAUCUCUCUCAUGUUCUGCCUCUGCACUUAUUUGCAUUGUUGCUGGAAAGAGAUUCUAUCGUAAACGAAUUCCUGGGGAGAGUCCAUUGUUGAGUAUUUUACAGGUGUUGGUUGUCACAGUUAAGAAUUGGAGUGUGAAAGUACCUGAUAAUUCUGAAGAGUUGUAUGAAAUAGAGACUCAUAAGUCUACUUUAAAGAACAAACUCAUUCCUCACACUAGCCAAUUCAGGGUUCUAGACAAAGCAGCCACUCUACCUAAAGACACAGAAGCAAUAAAAUGGAGGGUGUGUACAGUAACACAAGUAGAAGAAGUAAAGAUUCUAACAAGAAUGAUGCCUAUCCUUCUAAGUACAAUACUCAUGAACACAUGUUUAGCACAACUACAAACCUUUUCUGUCCAACAAGGAACCUUUAUGAACACAUUCAUUGGCACUUUCAACAUUCCAGCAGCAUCAAUACCUGUGAUCCCAUUUGUAUUCAUGAUCCUUUUGAUACCUGUUUAUGAAUUUGCAUUUGUACCACUUGCUCGCAAAAUUACCGGUCAUCCUAAUGGAAUAACAGAACUACAAAGAGUUGGUGUUGGCCUAGUUUUAUCAGCAAUCUCAAUGAUCAUAGCAGGUUUAGUAGAAGUGAAAAGAAAGCACUAUUUCAAUGAUCACAAUAACAAAAAAAUCAGCCUCUUUUGGCUUUCUUUCCAUUAUGCAAUCUUUGGCAUUGCUGAUAUGUUCACAUUGGUUGGACUAUUAGAGUUUUUCUACAAAGAAGCUCCUCAAGGAAUGCGUUCACUAUCCACUUCUUUCUCAUUUCUUUCAUUGUCAAUUGGUUACUAUUUGAGCACAGUUUUUGUUGAGCUCAUAAACACAGUGACAAGUAGGAUUACAAAGAGUAAUAAAGGAUGGUUAGAGGGAACAGACUUGAACCAAAACCAUGUUGAGCUAUUUUAUUGGUUCUUGGCAAUACUUAGUAUGCUAAACUUUGUUAUAUAUAUCUUUUGUGCAAAAUGGUACAAAUAUAGAAAUGAUAUUUCAUUUGAUAGGGAAAUGUUGCUCAAACAUCUAGCUACUACUUCAAAUCAUGGAAAUGUGUCAACAAGCUCUGUGACAAGAUUCCAAGAUAUGCCAUUCAAAGAAGAGAGAUCAGAAACCUCCCACUGACCAUGAUUAUUGCCAUUAUUGUUCACCCCAUCAUCAUGUAUUUUGUAAUAUUAAAUUGAUUAUUCAUGUUCUCAAGUUACUUUGCUCAAUCAAAUCUUACUCAUCAUUAGUCUAUUUGAAAAUAUGUUAGUGAAUAAAUUGAUAAUUGGUGGUUAAAGAUAGAGAUUAAAUUAAUAGUAAAUUGUUAAAAUAUAGAGAUCGAUGGUAAGAAUUUAAAUUUAUUAACCAAUUUGACAGUUUCAU